AUGUCGCCCAUGAAGCUGUGUGUUCCUGGUGAUAAACUUUGCAGUGCAGAAGACUGUAUACCUGGAACAGGUGUAUACCUGCGACAUGGCUACAUUUACUCCUCGCUUGCAGGCUACGUGCUCAAGAAGAAUGAAGGCGAAGAGUUACCAGUCAUCUCUGUUGUUAGAGAAACGGAAACCCAAUUACUGCCAGAUGUCGGCGCAAUUGUCACUUGUAAGGUAACUAGUAUCAAUCCCAGGAUUGCCAAGGUCCAUAUCCUUUAUGUCGGCUCCACACCGCUAAAGGACCGCUUCAGAGGAACUAUCAGAAAAGAAGAUGUGCGGGCAACCGAGAAAGACAAGGUGGAAACGUAUAAAUGUUUUAGACCUGGAGACAUUGUCCUUGCGAAAGUGAUUUCUCUGGGUGAUGUGCAGUCGAACUACCUCCUCACUACAGCUGAGAAUGAGCUCGGGGUGGUUGUGGCCCAUAGUGAAGCAGGUGCACAGAUGGUUCCGAUCAGCUGGUGUGAGAUGCAGUGUCCACUGACACAUUCCAAAGAGUUUCGCAAAGUGGCAAGGGUCCAACCAGAGUAUUUGCAGGCAUGA